AUGUAUACGUCACUGUAUCGGCUGAAAAUGGCAAAUGAAGAAGAGCUCGGUGAAAUAGAUUUGCUCAAACCUGAUAACUCUUCGAAUCGGCUAAACUCUAGGGCGACUCAAUUAUUUAGCCCCCUCACAAUUCUUCACACCUACCAGCCUCAAUGGACUACAAGCAACUCCAUCCCAUGCCCUUCACCCACCCUUGGUGGGAGGACUCCAUUUUUUGACAUCUAUGACAUACCAAUCCCCGGUCCGCAUCGUUGUAACCGGGCGGGCAGCCUCCGUCUGACUAAACCAGGUGGUUCCGCCUCACAACCCUGGCCUCGAGGCCAAAACACUCGGCUGGUAGACUCAGAGCUGGGCGGAUUCGAUGGGGCCCUCAACCCCGGCUCCCUUCAUCAUCGCCGGCUUUACGGAUCAUAA